AUGCCAACCAUGACACGGAUGCAUCGCCACUCCAGUUCCAGUGCCGUGGUGGAGGAGUCGCGUGGGCGGCGCCGCGGCGUGGGCGUGGGCGUGCCAGGAGUCGGAGACGCGAACAAGGAGAACUUCGGGGUGCACUUCAUGAGCAGUCCGUUCGGCAAUGCCAGCUUGAUAGCCCUGCAGGACUUGAGCAACGUGCACGGCAAGAGUCCGCAGCGCAGGAGUUUCAGUGAGGGAAGUGGUCCGCGGCAGGCGACGCCACAAUUGGCGGCACUGCGCUGCUUGCCACGCACCACGCACGCUGGUGCCGUUGCUCUGGAGGAUUCGCAGCUCUCCUCAUCGCGAAUGGGCGAUACCACGCUGGACCGCAUGCUGGAUGCCAUCAUCGAGUCGGCCCGCAAGGAGGUGAGGUGUACGACGAAGCCACUGGGCGGCGCCGGCGCCAGCACCACCACUUCAGCCACCAUUCUGGCGGAUAAUGCCGAGUGGAGCGAGACCAGUGUCCACGAAAUGGAGGUGCGCACACCCACCCACUUGAAGCGGCAGCGGGUGGUGCGGCGCAAGAACCCACACAAGACCACCACCACCACCACCAGCAACAGCACCAGCACCACCAACAUCACCCACACGCAAAGCCACCAAAGCCAGGCCAAGAAGUUGGAGCCACUGCAGCUGGUGCCCAGCACCAAGCGCUGCCUGAGCUUCUCAUCCAGUUCCGCCUCGAGUGACUUGGACGAGGAGGAGCAGCAGGUGGCCAAGAGGAGUUCGCUGGCCUCCCCCACGGCCACGCCCCCCUCCCACAGCACCACCAGCAGCAACAGCAGCAGCAGUAACAGUGGGGCGGACGUGGAGGCCAGUCAGCGGGGCAGCAUCGAUGUGAGCAUCGCAUUCGAUGCCAAGGAAAGGCAACUCAAUGUACAUGUGAUUCGCUGUCGGGACCUGCAGCGCUCGCAUGGCAGUGGCAACGGCAGCAUCAACGCCUACGUCAAGGUGGCCCUGUCCGGAGGCGCACAGCCAGCCGGAUGCGGUGGCCACUCGUCCGGGGGCAGCAUGAGUUCCGGAUACCAACGCACCGCCGUCCAUCGGCACUCGGGUCGCCCGUACUUCGAUCAGCGAUUCAGCUUCCAGAUUUCCAGUGGCGAGGAGACCGCUGGACAGUAUCUUCAGCUGGCCGUGUGGCACCGGGAUCGCCAUUUAAACUCAGUUCCCGUUACUCAGUCCGAGUGGCAAGCUCGCGUGAAAAGCGGCACAGAACGGCGAACGGCGCGGCAAAACAGCGAACGGCUGGCGAAGCUCGAAAACGCAGGAAACGAGGCAAAACGCAGCGAGUUCCUGGGCUGCAGCACUUUUCCACUGAAUGAGCUAGUGCAUCCGGACUCGGGCAUCUCGGCAGGAUCCUACAAGCUGCACGCACAGGCAUGUCCUCCGCCUACUAGCCGCCAUAGUCAACCGAAAGCCAACGCAGGCCAGGAUCAACAGGAUCAAACGGAUCAAAAGCAGGAAACGGAAGUGCAGAAGGAUCACGAUCAGGAUCAGGAUCAUCAGCAGGACGACUCACCCGCAGAAAUGGCAGCCGCCGCCACAGUCACGCCCCAAAAACCGGUAGCCACUGGAUCCGGAUCGGGAUCGAAUUCGGCAGCGAUGGCACUAAACGACGAGGUGAUCAGCAUCAGCAUCGAUAGCAUGGGCAAAGAGGAUCCACUGCUGCCCCAGCAGCCCCAGCAGCCCAUGAAGCUCAGCAAGAAGGCGCUGCACCAGCGAGAUGCCGACGAGAAUCUCUUCCUGAGAUUCCUGGAGCUGGACCCGCCGGCGGAUGGCAAUGCGAACAGCACCACCCAGGCACAGGCGACGGGCGCCCAGUCCUCGGCGUCGAAGGCCAACGAGAGCAAUGCCAACCACCUGAACAAUGGGACUUCUGGUGGCCGGAGACAGUCCACCAUGCCAAAUAGCGGAGCAGCCAGCGGAGGAGGAGGAGGAGGCGGAGGCGGAGGCUCUGUCCGCCAGCAGCAGGGACGCACCCCGUUCACCAUGACGAAGCGACUUACGCGAACCGAGGAGCGGGGCUUUGGAUUCUCGAUCGUGUGGACGCAUCCGCCGCGGGUGGAGAAAAUCGAGGCGGGACUGUCGGCCGAUCGGUGUGGCAUUCUGCCCGGCGACUAUGUGAUCUUUGUGGACAAGCACAACGUCGUCACGAUGCCCGAGGCUGAUGUUCUGAAUUUGAUACGAUCGCAGGGCUCGUCCUUGACGUUGGAGAUAUUCAGAAGGUCAGGCGCGGGCGCCACGACAAUCACGUCGACGGACUUGGGCCAGAACAAUGUUCACAUAAGCACCAGAUUGGGCGCCGCAGUGGGCUUGGGCAGCGAGGAGCACACACUGGCCACCACCGCGACGGGAACGACCACCGUGAUGAGUCUGCAAAGGACGACCAGCACGAGAAUCGCGCCGAUGGCCAAUAGCAUGGCCAACAGCCGGCCGGCCACCGCCUGCUCGGGAACCACCUCCUCCAUCGAGGCGGCCAAGAGGAGGCUUCACCUGCCGCAGGUCACCUUCAGCAAGGAGUCGAUUGUGCCCAUCACGGACAACCGCAGACGCUUCCUGCUCCAGCUGAUUAGUCGGGAGCAGAACUUCACGGCCGCCCUGCACUUCGGAGUGGACCGCUUCGUGCAGCCGCUGGGGGAGCGAAAGGAUCUGAUCUCGCCCAACGACCAUCGCACCUUGUUCCAGAACAUCGACGAGCUGCUCCGGAUUGCGGAGGACAUACUGGAGCAGUUGUGCAGCAGCGACCAGCAGGACCAGGAGCCGCAGAUGAACUUCGCCUCGCGCGUCUACCUAUCCAAGACGACGGCGAUCUGUGCGGCCUACAAGAAGUACUGCAAUGGCAUCAAGCGGGCGGACUGCGUUUUGGUCAAUAAGUCGCGCCAGACGGGCUCCGAGUUCAUUGCGUUCAUUACGGAGCCGGCCGUGCCACGUAAACGACCCGAUCUCACCAUGUUCAUCCAUCGACCACUGCAGCACUUUCGCGAAAUCCUCAAGCUGAUGCAGUUGCUCGCUGGCAACUGCCAUGUGGACACGGAGGAGCACAAGAACUUCAGCACGGUCAUCAACGAACUGCAGGCGGCCUAUCGGGAGAUCACUGUGAGCAGUGGUCUGAUGGAGCCGCUGGGCGAGGGUCGUCCCCUGCUCACCCUCCAGGAUCUGGAGUCCCGCAUGGUCUUCACCAAGUGCAAGCCCUUCACGUUGGCCGUUCAGGGGCGCCAGUGGAUCUUCGGAGGCGAUUUGUCCCGCGUCGAAGGUCGCUCCGUGAAGCCCUAUUGGACACUGCUCUUCAGCGACAUCAUCGUAUUCGCCAAGGUCAGCCGUGAUCGAGUGCUGUUCAUCACCGAGGAGCCCAUUCCCAUCGCCAAUGUGGUGGACUCCUGUUUCCACAUGCGCAAGAAAACCACCGAGUUCCGUCUCACAGUGGAUCCCAAUGGACGCCUGGCGGAGAGUCCAACGGGCUACUGUGCCCCCGAUCUCACCCGCACUCCCAAGCGCGGAGCCCGCCGCAAGAGCCUUAUAUUGCGGGCACCCUCGCUGGAACUUAAGGCCGUGUGGCAGAAUCUUCUCCAGCGGCAGAUCUUUCUAGUUAAUGCCGCCCUUGGCUCCACGCCCCUGUCCAGUCCGCUGGACUCGCCGGAUGUGCUGAACACCCUGGUGCCGCUGAGCGAUAUAGGUCUGACCACCGCCUCCAUGGGGUCGAUGAAGUUGCCCUCGCUGGACAGCAUCCACCUGAAGCAGCAGCAGAAACAGCAGGUGCGUCUCUUUCGCAGCAAGCGUCUGGACAGCGGUGAUUCCUACGAGAAUCUACAGCGGCUGGCCAGUGCGGUCCGGCACCACUGUGCCAGCACCACCACGAGCAGCGCCACCCAGACGCAGACCCAUCCGCAGCCACCGCUCUGCACCACCUCGCUGCCCUCGCGCACCAACUCGCCCGCCCGCAACCAACGCCAGCCGAAUGGCCAAGGUCAUGUGGGUGGGUCGGUGCCCAAUGGAGUGGGUGGUGUGGGACUGGGAUUGGGAUUGGGUGGCUGCAACACCAUCAGCUCUUGCCUGAGCAGCAGCGCCAGCUUGACGCAAACCCAGACGCAGGUCCACACCCAGACCCUCAACCAUUCGCAGACCCACUCGCAGACCCAAACCUCCGUGCUGUCCCUCUCCAGUUGCAAGUGCUUGACGGUCAUUCCGGAGGUCACCAGCGAACCGGCCGUCAACCAACACGCCAGCCAGAAACUGCUGGAGUUUAGCCUGAGCUCGGUGGGUCGAUCGUUCAUCGAUGAGUCCGGUGGCGUGGUUGGUGGUCAGGUCUCGCUGACGACACCAGAGACACCCACGCCCAACAUCUCGCCCACCACCUCGCAGCCCUGCAACUCGGAUGCCUUCUCCAAUGACUUCGUGGCCACGUCCACCAGCGGGAAGGGCCCGAAUAUACCACUAGCUGAGUUCGGUGGCUCCUGGGAUCUGCUGGAGCUCGAUCUGCAGCUGCACGAGGUCAAUCUAGAUCCCAGCUACGACACGGAUGUGGAGGAGUGCAUCUUUCUCGGCGACGAGGAGGAGAGGGAGGGCACCGAGGGACACGGACACGACGAGGACAGUGACGAGGACGAGGACGACAGCGUGGUGGUGGACGAUCCCUUCGGCAUGCUACCCACCAGACCAACGCCGCCGGACUCGCUGGACCUGUGAUUUGACUUUUGGCUACAGUCGGACCCCGCUAACAGCCCCUUGCCGCACAAUCUUUGAAUCUCGACGAGCUUACUACUCAACUAUGUUACCACUGAACUACCCAGAAACCUCUGCUCUAUAUCUCAAAACAAGCAAACUAUUUAGCUCAAUCGCCGUUUUUGCUCUGCUUUUGUGUCAGCCAAGUUGUUGGCCAAGUUGUUGGCCAAGUUUUCCAUUACUCACAAUCGAAACUUUGCAGUGUAGACAGGCUGCCGUCUUUGGAGGAUUGGAGAAGGGGAUUGACUUUGCCAGGAUAUCAGAAUCAGGAACCGAACAGUGAGAUUAAACGAGUGACACCCGACCCGAGUAAGAUACUAGAAACAACAUUUAAGAAUCCCUCACCUGGAUGGCUUAUGGCUUAUAAUUUUACAAAUUCCCAUUCCCGGUUGCCGU